AUGGAACCAAUGGAGGAUCAAGAUGGAAGAAGAAUUCAAAAAUGUAACAAGAAUUAUGCUCGAACCAUACAGCCAGAACUGAACAAAAACAAUACUGAUACUCUCACGACCUCACCAGCAGUGCUGUCUAAGAAGAAAGAAGCCAUAGCCAGGAGGCGUCAAAGGUACAGCUUCAGCCUGAGUCGUCAGCAGCACAUCCGUACCAGCCAGCAGCUCGUGCGCAUGCCGUGUUCAUCACCAGCCUGUCUGCACGUUCAUAUACUGGUAUAUAUACCCUUGGUAUCGAAGGGUGCAGUUGUUGAUUGUUAA